UUUUAAUAUCUCUUGGUUUUCUUUUACAGUUCCUUUGAUUGAAAUAACAGAAGUACGCGAGGGCUGGAAGACUGAUACAUUCAACAAAGUUAGUAGCCAUACUGAGAAGACAAAAGAUAAAUCGGGAGCAAGUGGUGACGAACCCUGGUUAGAAGAAAACAAGUGUUUUUCAGUAAUCCAUGGUCCAGGCGGGAGAGAAGUGUUAGACUUGGUUGCAGCUACGGAAGAAGAGAGGGAUACUUGGGUGUCUGGUUUGACUCACCUUGUACAGUCUGUCAAAACACUGCAUGAAGAAAAACAGUAUGAUGUGUGGUUACGGAAACAGUUUGAAGAAGCUGAUAAAGACGACAAUGGAUCUCUUAAUUUUAAUGAAUGUUGCAAUUUGCUUAAGCAGUUAAACAUCAAAAUGGACAAAACACAUGCUAAGAAGCUUUUCAAUCAAGCUAACACAAGCAAGCAGAAAAGAGAUGGGGAUCAAGUUCUAGAAGUUGGAGAAUUUGUCUCAUUCUAUCAUGCAUUACUGAAAAUGCCAGAAAUUGAAAAAUUGUUCAAAAAAUAUGCAAGUGAGAAGACUCAGCUAAUGAGUGCAGACCAACUAUGUGCCUUCCUCCAUAAAGAGCAAGGUCUCACUGAGUUGGAUGCUACACAUAGCACCAAACUCCUUAAUGAAUUUGAAAUUAGUGACCUUAAAGUCCAAGGCUAUAUGACACAAGAUGGAUUUUACCACAUGCUGCUCUCAGAUAUGUUUGAUGCAUUCAACUAUGAACAUAAAGAAAAGGUUCACCAAGAUAUGACAAAACCACUCGCACAUUACUACAUCUCCUCCUCCCAUAACACGUACUUGACUGGACAUCAGUUUGCUGGGGAGAGCAGUGUUGAGGGCUACAUAAGUGCACUUAAGCGGGGUUGUAGGCUUCUUGAAUUGGAUUUGUGGGAUGGAGAUGAGGGGGAACCAAUCAUCUACCAUGGUCACACAUUAACUUCUAAAAUCACACUUGCUGAUGUUCUCCGUGAUGGUAUCAAGACUUACGCUUUUGAGGCCUCUCCUUAUCCUGUCAUUCUCUCUAUUGAGAAUCAUUUAAGUGUGGAACAACAGAAGGUGAUGGUGAAGCUGCUGAAGGAUAUCCUUGGAGAUAUGCUUGCAACUGAACCUGUCCCAGAAGACAUUACAGCUGUACCUUCUCCAGAGGCACUAAAGAACAAAAUCAUCAUCAGAGGAAAAAAACCUCAAGGUUCUGAAGUGGAAUCUGAUGAUGAUGAUGAUGACCAAGAUACCAUUGAUUACAUUGAUAGUGAUGAUGGUGCUACACAAACUAAAAAGGAUUUCUUCACUCCUCACCUUCAGACAUUCUACCGCUCAUUUAAGAGUUCUAUGUGGGCUAGGCAAAACUCAACAAAGAAGCGCAGUGUAUCACAGCAACCAGAACAGGUAGUAUGACGAUGUGACUACCCC